UAUAUAGAGAAACAUCUUGCAGCUCUUAAUCUGAAAGAAUUCACUUAAAAUUCAAGAGAAAGAGUAAUAUUCCCAUUAAUUAAUGGAAGCCAAAGUAGGAGCAUCUGAAGACCGUUUUGAACCAUCGUACGAGUGGCUACGUGAACAAAGACAUGAUGUUCUCUUAGUUCAUCUCCCAGCUGAAUUCAAGGAUAAAGAAGGGUUGAAGGUACAAAUCAGCAGUUUUGGAGGCUUGAAGGUUUCUGGAGAUCGACGAGUGAAUAAAAAAAGAUUGAGAUUUUUCAGGGAAUUUCCAGUAUGGAAGGACUAUGAAACUGACGAAAUCCAGGCAGAGUUUGAGAAAGGUGUUCUUAAGAUUACAUUGCCAAAGAAAAUUACUAAACCACCCCCAGCUGAUGAGGAAAAAGGAUCAACUAAAGCAUCAAAGAAUUCAAGAUUGAACAAGUUCACAAAGGUGGUUUUCGGUGUUGCAGCUGCGGUUGUUGUGGCUGCAGGCCUCACUGGUUUUGCUUAUUAUACUUUUACGUUUACAGUAAUUGAAGAUUGAGUAAAAGCAAUUAUGUAACUUCACCCGCAUUGGAGUCCGACUAUAUCCGAAUAAGCGCCGCAUUUCCUAUUCGGGAGAAAGCGCUCACUACUAAGAAUUUUUCCAUACCCAGGUGGGAAACCAAAAAAAAAACUUUACAUAUAUGUAAAGUCAGGCCUCUUUAUAAUAGCAUCACUAUAACAAUUAUUUACUAUAAAAGUCAAGUUUUUUUGGAACCAAUUUUCAUGCUACGUAAUAAUAUAUGUUAUUU